GAUGGCGGCGGGGCUGUGGCGGCGCGGGGCGCUCUGGGCCGCGCUGCUGCUGCUGGCGGCGGCGCAGGAGCCGUGGCGGCAGCUGAUCCAGUGGGAGAACAACGGGCGGCUCUACAGCCUGCUCAACAGCGGCGCCGAGUUCGUGCCCGCCGGGCAGGAGCGGCCCGCGGGCAGCCGCCUGUGGCUGGCGGGCACGGCGGGCACCGCGGGCAGCGCGGGCAGCGUCCGCCGCCAGGCGCCCGCCUCGGGGACGGUGCGGGGACAGGCGCGACAUCCCUUCGGCUUCGGCCAGGUGCCGCCCAACUGGCGGGACGGAGCGCUGGGCGACGGCGCGGGGGGACAGCGGCGACAGGCGGCGCGCGGGCGGCAGGGGGUGGCCGUGUCGUCCUUCGCCUUCGCCUCGGCGGGACAGCCGCCCUUUGUCGCCGCGGGGGUGGCGACGCACGGAGAGGGCGCCGAGGGUGUCCCCGCGUCGCGGGGAACAGCGAUGGGGACAGGGAUAGGGACAGGGAUGGGGACACCUCUGGGGACAGGGAUAGGGACAGGAAUGGGGACACCGAUAAGGACACCUGUAGGGACAGGGAUGGGGACACCUCUGGGGACAGGAAUAGGGACACCUAUAGAGACAGGGAUAGGGACACCGAUAAGGACAGGGACACCUAUAGGGACAGGUAUAGGGACAGGAAUGGGGACAGGGAUAGGGACACCUAUAAGGACAGGGACAGGGAUAGGGACAGGAAUGGGGACACCUAUAGGGACAGGGAUAGGGACAGGGAUAGGGACACCUCUAGGGACAGCGAUGGGGACAGAACUGGGGACAGGGACGGGGACAGGGCCGGGAGCCGCGUUCCCGCUGCAGCCCCGCGCGCUGCCCGAGGACUUCGGGGAGGAGCCGCAGCCCUACGGAGCCGCGGGGGUGCCGCUGGAUCGCCGCUACUCGCACAGCCUGUACCACGACGGCGAUGCCGAGGCGCAAACCGGGAUGGGAUCCAUGGAAAAUCUGGGAUUUGGGGCGCAGUUCCCGCCCCGCGAGGCGCAGCCGCCGUUCCGGGCGCCCGAAUCCUUUGGGGUCGCUCAUCCCGAGCCCUUCGCUCCCGAAAUUCCUCAGGCCGUGCCCGACAGCCAAGCCCGGCUCAGCGUGGGCAGCGUCUACAGGCCCAGCUUUGGGGCCAGGGGGCUCCCGGACCUGGUCCCGGACCCCAACUACGUGCAGGCCUCGACGUACGUGCAGAGAGCGCACCUGUACUCGCUGCGCUGCGCCGCCGAGGAGCGCUGCCUGGCCAGCACGGCGUACGCGGCCGAGGCCACCGACUACGACGUGCGGGUGCUGCUGCGCUUCCCGCAGCGCGUCAAGAACCAGGGCACGGCCGACUUCCUGCCCAGCCAGCCCCGCCACCGCUGGCAGUGGCACAGCUGCCACCAGCACUACCACAGCAUGGCGGAGUUCAGCCACUACGACCUGCUGGAUGUCACCUCGGGCCGCCGGGUGGCCGAGGGACACAAGGCCAGCUUCUGCCUGGAGGACACCACCUGCGACUUCGGCCACCUCAAGCGCUACGCCUGCACCGCCCACACCCAGGGGCUCUCCCCGGGCUGUUACGACACCUACAACGCCGACAUCGACUGCCAGUGGAUCGACAUCACCGACGUCCCGCCCGGCAACUACGUCCUCAAGGUCCAGGUCAAUCCCAAGUAUUUGGUGCUGGAGUCGGAUUUCACCAACAACGUCGUGCGCUGCCACAUCCACUACACCGGGCGCUUCGUGUCGGCCUCCAACUGCCGCAUCGGCCAAUCCUGACGGCAGCCGAAGCCCCGGAGCGUCGCCCGUCCCCUUUCCCGGGAAGUUCCCGAGGUGGCUCCGCGGCGUUCCCAAAGUUCCCCCUUUUCCCAAUAAAAAGCGGGGAAGCCA